AUGGAUCAAGCUGGUCGUGGAGCCAGCGCCAUCGAUGGGGGUAAUUUCAAACUUGCCGUUACCUGCUACACGGAAGCCAUCGCUCAGAAUCCCCAAGCCGUCAGUUAUUAUAUCCAACGUUCUAAAGCCUACACUCGUCUCUCACCUCCUGAUCAUCAAGCCGCCUUCCACGACGCGGAGCUUGCUGUGUCUCUUGCUACGAAGAGAGCCAAGAGGGAACUCAUCGCUGAUAGUCAGCUACGAAGGGCUGUCACAUUGUUCAACUUGGAGCGCUACGGCGAUGCAAAGCAAUGCCUUUGGUGGGUCAAGAAGCUGAAUGAGAAAGAAAAGACCUUGGCAAUCUGGGAAAUGAAGGCGGAGACCAAAUUGAAAGGGCUGGAGGAUGGAGACGAACGCGGGAAGGUGACUGUUGAAGAGACGCCGAAUGUCGAGGUUCCAAAGGCUGUCGUUGGGAAGAAGUCAGCCAAAGAAGCUGAGAAGACAGCUGAAGCCUCAGCCUCAACCUCAACGACCACCAACGGGACUAAGGAGGCUGCGAAGGAGUCUACUGCAGCUGUGCAAUCUGAGGGCGUGCAGACACAUCCAAGCAAGAUUCGUCAUGAGUGGUUCCAGACAAAUGAUACUGUGGUUGUCAGUCUCUUCUGCAAAGGCAUUCCUAAGGAUAAAACUACAGUCGAGAUCAAGCAAGACUCUCUGGACGUUUCGUUCCCGCUGCCCACUGGCUCAGACUUCAAUCUGUCCUUGGAUCCACUCUUCGCCGCUAUUGAUGUGUCCGCAUCUUCCUACAAAAUCAUGUCAGCAAAAGCCGAAUUCACGCUCAAAAAAUCUACACCAGGCCAACAAUGGGCAAACAUCGAGGGAGCGCAUCCUGCCAGCACUGAAGAAACUUCCGCUGAUGGUGAUGAUACUGUCAAGCGUGCCGUUCUGUCAGACAAAUCUUCCAACGCUGGUCCGGUAUAUCCAACCUCGUCCAAGUCCGGCCCGAAGAACUGGGACAAGGUAGUCAACGACUUGUCGAAGAAGCCUAAAAAGGAUGUCAAGGAGGGUGAAGAGGGUGCUUCAGAGGAUGCUGGGAUCGAAGAUGAGGAAGGCGAUCCUACGACCAAUUUCUUUAAGAUGCUUUAUAAGGGUGCGGAUCCUGAUACUCAAAAAGCAAUGAUGAAGAGCUACCAGGAGAGCAACGGCACCGCGCUGAGCACCAACUGGGCUGAUGUCAGCAAAGGAAGGGUCGAAACCUCUCCUCCUGAUGGCAUGGAAGCCAAGAAAUGGGGUCAGUGA